GUCUGUGGUCAGUUCAAAGAAUGGCGUCCGAUGUUUGAGUCGUGUACAUGUCAAAACAAACACUAAUUUCGAGUAAUAAACAUAAGUGACACAAAUAUUUAAAAUGCCCUAUUAAGUUGAAUUGAUAACGCAAAAUGGCCACAGCAUUAGAGUCUCCGAUGGGUGAUAACGCCUGGAUAGAAUUCUGCGAGAGACACGCUAAUGCGGCGGCACAGGAUUUUUCCAAAAGCUGUGCCCACUUCAUAAAUCACAACUUGAGUGAACACAACAAGAAUCUCCUAACACACAAGGACUUUUUACGGAAAUUCAUCGAGAGUUUUAGUGAACAAUUCGAAGUAGAUUACAACAGGAGGCAGUUGCAGGGUAGUAAGUCUGUGAAUGGUAGCUUGAAGCAUGAAGAAACCUCAGAGAAUGAGGAAGGUUCCCCCAAAAUGCAACACAAACCGUUUUUCAGAAGGCUUAGUUUUAAAAUGUUGCGAAGGGGGUUCCAUAAGCAGCACUCGGAUGAAAUAGACUUAACACACAAUAAAACAAAACUUGCCAAAAUAGUUGUAGAAUGUAGAAAAGAAGGAAUCGUUAAUUACUCAACUCCAGAGAGCUUGGAUCAAACUGGUAGUCCCCAGAGAUGGGAAAAAUGCCGUUUAGCUCUAGUUAAAGCCGUAGGCGGAUACAUGUUGGAAUUUUACUGCCCUCCCAAAAGUUCAAAGCCAAGAAGUGGUGUUUUUUGUGCUCUUAUAGUUGAAGUUAGAGAAACCACAGCGUUAGAAAUGCCCGACCAUGAGAACACGUUCGUUUUGAAGGCUGUUAACAAUCUGGAAUUCGUCAUAGAAGCUCAGGACACAGACGAUAUGCGGUCCUGGCUAGCCACUAUAAAAUACUGCAUGAGGGCUACCUCCGGAACUGACGGCAUGAGUGGCGAUGGCAUGACCAGAGACUACCAGGGUCACGCCCCCGAACUGCCUCCCAGACAUAUUCUGGGACGAGACAGACUUUCUUCCAGCAGUAACUUUGAGAUUUGCGCCAAUGAAGCUGCCCAAACAAUGAUGGAGACCGACAUUGGCCAAACUCUGAAGAAAGAAUACUGGUUCCACGGUACUUUGGGCAGGUCCGAAGCUACACAAUUGGUCCUGCACGGGGGCACGCAAAGUCACGGUCUGUUCUUGGUCAGACAGAGUGAGACGAGGACUGGGGAGUUUGUCCUCACCUUCAAUUUUCAGGGGCGUGCUAAGCAUCUGAGAAUGACGAUAAACGAUCAGGGUCAGUGCAGAGUCCAGCACUUCUGGUUCCAGUCGAUCUACGAAAUGUUGGAGCACUUCCGCAACCAGCCGAUCCCCCUGGAGAGCGGCGGUAACUCUGACGUCACCCUGACCGACUAUGUGAUCAAUCAGAACGCCAUGGGGGCCCUGCAGUCGUCUAUGGAACGCAGGAACCAGUCGGGUCAUCAAACGACAAACGGAGAGAGGAGGGUGCCUCCCAUACCCGAAAUCAGACAAGUACAAACUGGAAAUGGUAGUGUCCGUACCCAAGAACCCGAAGUAAGCAACGAAACCCCUGGACGAGCUGUAGAUAACCAGUACAGUUUCGUGUAAAAUUGGAGAAAUUCGUUAGAAAAUAUUAAGGAUAUAUGUCAGGAAAAAGAUAUCAAGAAAAGAAUGAAAAAAAUUCAAAACAAUUCUAAUUUUGCCAUCUGUUUCUUUGAGUCAUCCAAUUUUGUCGAAUAUUGUAAACGUUUUGGAGUUCCCGAAAGAUACACACUGUCAAGACUCAACAAUUUUAAUAUAAUUGUGAUUAAUUAUUUUGUUGUUGCUGAGUGAUAAUUUAAGGAGGAAAAUUGUUAUGAAUCGAUAAUAAAACAUCGAAAUAU